GAAAAUAUGAUUAGAUGAUCGUUUAUACUAUCUGAAAUAUUUAUCUUUCUUUUUCAACUUACGAAUAGAAAAUAUACUAAUUGUAAAAAUAUUAUUUUAUAACUUUAGUUUUUAGAUAUCUGAUCAAAACUGGGGAACUUAUGGACACCAUUGAGAAGUGAAAGCAACUUAUGGACACCAUUGAGACAAAGGAUAAUGAAAAUACUUAACUUGCAGUUACCUCCGCUUCUUAAUAUCUCUCCACUUGUGAUACUUGUCGGAUGAAUGUAUUAAGUUGGUUUCUUUAAGUAAAGUUCAGAAUGGUCUUUAACUUGUUCUUUAUUCAAAAGUUACAUUUUUACAGUCUUUUCUAAAAGCUAUUGAAAUGAUUAUUAGUAAAUUCAUAACGUAAUAUAUACAUUAGAACAUAUAGAAUAUUCAAUGAUUUUCAAAAAAAAAAAUCACAGUGGUGAUGAAUGUCAUAGAAACAAAGUCUCAGCCACCACAUUACCCAUAAUACUUUGCACUAGACUUGCAAGUUGCAACUUGCUUGCUUACCUCGUAGGAAUUUUAUUUCAUUUUCAUGGAGUAUUUUGGACAUUCCCUCGUCAUAUAUUAUUCACAGGAGUUCAAAACAGAAAAAAAAAACCAAGCGGUGGGGAGAAAAACAUUCAAAUCGUGGCCUUUCAUUUAGCAAUCAUCGACGGUCGUGGAAAAGCUCUCGGAUCCGGUGCAGCGAAGAAAGCCACGUCUCGUAGCAGCAAGGCUGGGCUCCAAUUCCCUGUCGGUCGUAUCGCUCGAUUCCUCAAAGCCGGUAAAUACGCCGAACGUGUCGGAGCUGGUGCUCCGGUUUAUCUCGCCGCCGUCCUCGAGUAUCUAGCCGCCGAGGUACUUGAACUCGCUGGGAACGCAGCAAGAGACAACAAGAAGACACGUAUUGUCCCUCGUCACAUCCAGCUCGCUGUGAGGAACGAUGAGGAGCUAAGCAAGCUUCUUGGAGAUGUGACUAUUGCCAAUGGAGGAGUGAUGCCCAAUAUCCACAAUCUACUUCUCCCCAAGAAGUCUGGUCCUUCAAAGACUCAGGAAGAUUAGUUCUUUCUUUAACACAGUAUAUUUAGAUCUCUGACUCUGUUUUCUCUUUUUUGGUUUUAAGACAAAAUAAACGUGUAUUAGUCAUAGAUCACAUGUAGUGGAUAUGUUUUUUUUUUCUCACUUGUUUUUAGUUUGUGUGCAUAUAUUAUAUA